AUCUAAGACAAUAUUUAUAAACAUGGUGGUCGAGAGUAGUCAAUCUUUUACAGCUUGAAACCAUGGCUGAUGACGGACUGCUUUUAAAUCUUUGUUCUAAUGGUGGAGGGGAUGAAGAAAUUUAUCGGGAAAGUAAAGAUAGCAAAUCGAAGGUAAAUUAUCUUCCUAAAUAUAUCCUUUAGAAAGCAAGGUUUUCUAGGUAUCCAUGCCCACGUGUACCAGCGUGCAAGUAGACCUUCUUUGAACAUCGCGAUCUUCUUUUGAAUCAAGCUUAAUUCAUCAGAUUAGCCUGGUGUUUAUCCAUUCCUUUUCUUCCUAGUGGAAAGAAAGAAAGUUACAGAAAAGAAAACAAUAUCUAAGGCCACAUGCGAGGGGAACCUUUCACAAGAAUGCAGCUUCUGUAUCUGCUAAGCCAUUACGACACCCUCAGAGGAGAUCUACACCUUUUCCAAAUAAGCCCAUCCAAGGAUCUGAGGAGGAAAAAAGAACUUCAGCAAAUGUACGUCUCUUUCAUUCAUGCGGCAAAGUCUUGUUACUGCCAUCACAACCCUCUAAUGGAUGAGCAAUGAGGUUUUUCGGAUAGGGUUUAACAGCACAGCAGAGUUUAUGUCAGUGUGUGGUUCCAGGGAAAUAGAUUUGGUGUAUUGAAAUGAAUAAUGAUGAGAAUAUAGGCCUAGUAACGCUACAGUUUUUACUAAAAGUCUGGUGGUCUGCCUCUUAAUCUAUGCUUACUUUAUCUCAGUUAGCUACAAAAGGCUACCAGUAAUAUGCAAGAGAAGCUGCAGUGUAUGUGAGAAAUCUUUUUUCAGUAAUAUAUUUUGUUUUCAAGGUUUCAAAAUAGUUAAAAAAUCAUGGUUAGUCCAAGUAACCAUUAUUGUGCCCACUGAUUGUUAAUUUCUGUGAUCCUUAGAAUGAAACUAAACGAUCUUUCGUAACUCAAAAUGGCAUCCUUCCUCAAAGACAAUCAAAGAAGAAAUUUCAGGUAAUUAUAGAAGUAACUGUCAAUUUUGAAAUGCAGUUAGCUCAGUACAUGCAUUCAAUUUUAAUAGACAUAUUUUUUGUUUCAGGAAUAGCAAACCAAAUUAUUUCUGAGAUUUACUUUUUUUCAAUAUAUAUAACAGGUCAUUUCAAGUUUGUUUAACUACAAUCCAGAAAUACCCACAUUACUGGCAAGGUUGGUUUUAAUUGCAGUUUUGGCUAAUCCUGCUAUAGGUAUAAGUACAAGUUUGGUGGACACCUAUAAUUAAUGGCCCUGGUUUACAUCACACCUCUUAAAAUAAGUUCUCUCAUCUCAGUGGUAAAGUGAAUACAUUUCAAACACAAAAUGAGAUGUUCCAAGGCUUAAUUAUAUUGGGGAUGACAAAAUUUUCCGUCACUGUGUACCAUGCUCUUGACUAUCUUUUGAGAAAGUUUGUUUAUAUGAAGUACUUGGAUAAGCAGGUCAACUAAGUACCUUCUGCAUAUUUUGUAUGUCUGUUCAGGCUGUAUUUGUUUGACAUACAUGAAGUUGUAUAAUGGCAUGAAGCACAAUUAUAAUUGACACAUAGUUUUAUUGUUGUAGUAAUGAAUCAUCCAGUGCAGAUGGGACAUCAUGUGAAAAUGUUUUUUCUGCUGAAAAAUUUAGUGACUUAGAUGUUUCUCCUUUCAUGGUAAGACAUGCAAAAUUAUUUGAUAUGUAAUAUUAUAACUAACUUUUAGUUAUUUAAAAAGAUAUCUUGAUGUUAAUGAUGAAACAUUGCUCAGUUGUUGGUAAACUAAUUACAAACAUUUUUGAAAGGGGGCCAGGAAACAAAAGACAAGCCAUGAUUAAAAACACACUUUGAGCAGAACUUGAUUUCUCUGAAACUGGCUGGUUCUUAUAGUUUUAUUAGGUGUACUUAAUUCCCUUUACAGAAUUGUUUAUGGUUAGUUCUUGGGUGUGGGGGAAUGUCAAAAUUUUCAUCUUAUGGUUAAUUGUGUUUUGCUUUCUAUUUAUAGAUUUCCAAUCUUGAAAAUAAUUUGAAACUCACCACCAUGACAAGGUACAGAAUAUUAAGAUAUUUCACAUUCAGGUUUAUUUUGCUCUGAGGUAUUUGUAAUAGCAUCAAAAUAUGAAUGUUUGUUUGAAAUGUAUGCUGAACUAUUAUAAACAGUGUCAUCAAAACUAAAUUUUCAUGAGAAUUUUUCAUAUGUUUACGGAAAGUUAUUCUUUUAAAUGUAAUUAUUUUCUUGCUUUAAGUGUUCAAAAAGCUGCCAUUCCCCUGUUAAUCGAAGGAAGGGAUGUUUUUGUGAAAUCGAAAACAGGAACAGGUAAGGUCUUGUAAAUGUGCCAAAUUGUUCUUGAAAAGUACCCUUUUUCGACUCAGAAGCAGGUAUCAUGUAUAUUUGAUAGAUGAACUUUAAAUUGGAUAUUUUUUUAUAAAUUUAAGGGGGGUCCAUCUCAUCAUUGCCCCCAUUUCUGAUAAAAUGAUUAAUGCUGUCUCAAAUCAGCAGCCAAUGACCUAUAUUUUGUGAUAAUGAUAUUGAAUUAACUUAUAUGUUACUGUUAUUUUUAGGAAAAACUCUCACUUAUGCAGUGCCUGUGAUACACUCACUACAGAGUAUCACUCCAAAAAUUUCUGUAAGUGACUAAUGAAAAUAUUGUAGUUCAAUAAAUGCAAACUGCUGUCUUCUCAGUGCAAAUUAGAUUGUUAUUUUUAUAAAGUCAUUUGCAUUGGUUUGAUGACUAUAAUGGUUUUAUGUUGUUUCAUCCUAAUUUACCUUUUAAUGAAGAUCUCUCCUUGCACAGUCUCAGUUUUUUGUCAUUCUUUAGAGAAGUGAUGGUCCUUAUGCAGUGAUCUUGGUCCCCACAAGAGAGGUAGUCAUUGCACAUAUCAUAGGAAUUAAUUUUUUUGUAGACAGAUGCAUACAUUUUCAUACAUUAUUAAUAAUUAUUAUUUACUGUUAUACAUAAUAUGAAAAUCAAUUGUAAUUGUAAUGGUGAGGACCAUUUAGUAAUUGAAUUAUAAUUAUCAAUUAUUUUGAUUUCGUUAUAGGCAUGCCACCCUUAUGAUUUCUUAAUUUUUCUUGUUACUGUAGCUUGCCAUACAAAGCUUCAAUGUGCUGCAGAGACUUGUAAAGGUAUGUCUCAUACUUGCACAAGGGCACACUAUGUUUUCUUACUUGCAUUGUGUAAUAUGCAGUUUUCUUUUGCUUGUGUUAAAAAAAAAUUGUAUUCGUUUUAUUCAAUAUUGUUUUUUUUUUGUUAAAACGAGUUUGUGUAAAAUGACAGUAUUGCUUUACUUGCCUGCAGCUUCUUCUUUGCAACAUUGUCUCAUAACUUCGUAGUUCAUUCUUUAGUAUGCUUUAGUAUACUUUAGUAUGCAAUAACCAGGUUGUCAAUAAAAGCCAGUUUAUAACAGUCUAUUGCUGCCUAUAGGACCUCUUACAGCCAUCUGUUUAGCCUGCUCUUGUGUUUCCCCUCACAGCCCCUUUUGCGGGCACAGCGGCAUAUUUCAUCAUCGUGAGCUGCAUGGAUAAAGUAACUGAAAGCCCUGCUAUAAGUAUUUUUAUUGCCAUUGAGAGCCCUUUAACUCAAACAUCAUUGUUUUCUUUUAUAGCCAUUUCAGUGGGUUGUACCAGGAGUAGUCACUGGAGGAGAAAAACGAAAAUCGGAGAAAGCCAGGUAGAUAUGUAAUGAGUGUUUUUUUCUCACUCUUUCCCAGUUGGGCUACAUUUCGUAAACAUGGAAGCUAAUGAGCAUCAAAUAGAAUCCUCUUGACUUGAGUAUCAUGGGUCUUUAUUCUCAGAUUAAGAAAAGGUGUCAAUGUUCUUGUCGCAACUCCAGGAAGACUACUGGAUCAUAUUGAAGUAAGUUGCUUGACACACAGUUACUCUGAUCUCUAAAGUUCUCCAAGCUGAAAGCUAUCUAGCAGUAUUGCAAAAAUCCCAGUCAUAUGCUUGUUAUGUGUAAACUUAUUUACGUGUUGUUCGAGUAGACCUUCGGACUAUUUUUCAAUGUAACUGAGGUCCAAGAGAUUUCCCUUCCUAUGUUAAUGCACUCGAAUUUCCGAAAAUUUACCUGCGUACAUGGCAAACGCUGUAGAUAACUUUCUGACGCUUUUGAGGCUUCCGAAGAUGUUCCGAAAAUUUCUGUAAAACGCUGAUAUGAAUUGUAGCUAAAUUACUCGCUAGCCGUUAAAUGGAAGUUAGAACUAAAAUUUCACUCUCGUCGCGAUUGUCUAAAUCUGGUUGCAGCUGCUUAAAACAAGCGUCUUUUUAGUUCUGAGCGACUGAGAGUUGUUCACAAAACAACCUUAGGAAAUAGAGGAGAUUAUGGUGAUAUCACUUAGUCAGAUGCUUGACUUCAUGUCACCUUGUUUUUUUUUCUUUUAGAAAACCAAAAGUUUGGAGUUGAAGAGACUUCGGUGGAUCAUCCUUGAUGAAGCCGACAGGUACAGACCUAUUCUUUGUCCGAGAAUCCACUCAUGUUCCAGGUUCUUUUCUUCUCCUAUGGCAGAUUUCGGCGGUAACCCGCAUCGUAAGCGCUGCUUCCGAGAAAAGAUGUUUUUCAUCGAGCAAAUUCAAACCAGUUUGAAGACAUUUCGUGAGAACAAAUUCAUCUCUAGGACGAAGACGUAAACACAAAUUGUCUGUGUUACAAGAAGCAAGUUAUCAUUGCAACAAUUGGCGUGCUCCGGCCCAAGAUUGCUAUUUAUCAGGACUAAUUGAUAUUUCUAUUUGUUGUAGGUUGUUAGACCUCGGUUUUGAAAAGGACGUGUCAUCCAUUCUGACUGCUGUUAAGGAAUCUCUACUCAGCGGUGUAAGAUGUCAGACUGUUCUGCUUUCCGCAACACUCAAUGAAGGUGUGUUUUUCUCACAAAAAUGUCUUCUUUUGUUGUAACACACUUGAGCGAGUUGAUGUGAAACUAAUCAUAGGAACGGAAUCUGUCACAAAAACCAUCGAGAACUCAAACCAUUCAAAGCGCGAGUAAACGAGCGUGACCCACUCGCAAUUGGUUUCAGCUGAAGUUGUAUCUGAUUGGUUUAGAAGGUAGCAGAAGUUCUCUGGAUUAAUCCUGAGCGAAGUAGAAAAAAACCAACUCAAUCUCAGAUUACCCACACACUCUUUUAAAAAGUACAUUGAAUUUAAUUUUCCCCCCCCCCACAGGAGUUGAGAGACUGGCGGGAAUUAGCCUUUACAAUCCUCUAUCUAUUGAUGUUACGACAGAGGAUGGAGGCGGCGAAAACAAAGAGGCAAGUAACGCACAGGUAAGGGCUCGUUGGUGAAACUGCCUCGUAAAGUGUACGAAAUUUCCUUAUAUGACAGUUUUUUAACUUCCUUUCGCCUUCCUCUCUUACACGCGCGACAUUUACUUACAACACACAUGUAAAUACCAUUAAGGAAAAAAUCGCUUUAGGCCCGUGCCUAGAUGUUGCUGUACACGCCAGCAGUUCGGUAGUGUUGGUUAUUCUACGCGCGGCGUGGUUUGUUCUUGCAUUCUCUGCAGGCCAUCAGCCUUCAUUAAAUUUUUGGGAAUAAAAUAUCUUUGGGAGAAUUAUUUCAACUGUAUUCAUUUUUUUCCUCUUCAGAGCUCAAGUGAUGUCAGUUUUACAACUCCUCAACAAUUGAAACAAUUCUUCAUUAUCGUUCCCAGCAAACUGCGCUUGGUGACAUUAGCAGCGUUUUUGCUGUGGAAAAACCAGCAAGAGGUAUUGAUUGACUUUUGUACAAUUGCCAUUGUGAAAUUUCUCUGUAAAGUAAAGUAGCUCAGAGUAUUACGAUCAACCUCGUCGCCACCCCGCGUCUUUGUUCUUCCCAUCAUGAACUAGGUUUGUUGUGACGUACGCACAUAUCCAUAUUUAACUGUGCAAGUAACGUACACAUGCUGCCUCUUUUCCAUCCUUGAACUUGCCUUUUCGUUUUGUAGGAAUCAACUGCCACGAAGAUGAUUGUUUUUAUGUCAAGCCGGGACUCAGUGGAUUUUCACUGCGACCUUUUUGACAAGUCUUUUUCUUCUGUGGCCAGUGAGUAAUUUGGUUAUUUUGUUUCCCUUUUUGACCCAGCAGGGUUAAUGCACUACUCUUAAACCUUUCGUUUUCUUUUUUGCUGCAAGUAGACGACAUUUAUAUUGUCUGACAUUGACAUGAGCAUCUUUUGAUUUUGCUUGCUUUUAUUUUGUUAGAGUUACGCCUUGUAUUCUUUAAACUUCAUGGAAGCAUGUCUCAGUCGGUAAGAGAAAGCAGAGACUUUGAGUUCAUUAUUUGAGAAGUCAUUCAUUAAUUUUUUUCCUUUUUGUCUAUUCUUGGGCGGAUCCAGCUCAAGGCCAAAUUAUUCAAGUUGGCCAAUCAGAAUAGAUUUAACGGAAUCUCAAAUUUCCUGAAACUUAAAGUAAACAAUAUUUUGCCGUUUGGUUUUUCGCAGGAAAGGACUUCCGUAUUCAAAAGUUUCAGUGACGCAACAAGAGGGAUUCUGUUUUGUACAGUAGGUUGACUAUUUGUUGCUGAAUUUCUAGUCUUUUUUAACCGGAAACCUUAUGUAGUAAAGUUAAGUAAAACUUUAUUUAGGCCGGGCAGCUCAUUGAGCUCGACGGCUGGUAUCCUCAGGGGCCUGUAUCAAUAGAAAUAGUUUUAAAGUGUACCACAACUACGCCUGUUGAGGUGUAGUGACGGAAAGAAAACUUUAGCAAACUGAAAUUUCUUGUAAGUAUGUUUAGACGCAAGAUGGGAAAUUGGAUCAGUCGAGUCGGAGCUGGAGCUGAGACUGAAAAAAGAUGAUUAUGUUUUCCUUAUUUUUAGUUCAGAGAGGAGCAAACGAGCCUUUUUCUUGCUCACUACAUGCUUUAUAACCAAGUUAACUUAUUUUUUGUAUGUUAGGAUGUGGCAGCAAGAGGAUUGGAUUUGCCUCAUGUCAAUUGGAUAGUUCAGGUAUAAAUACAAAUAGGAUCUUUCCCGUUGUUGUUUUUAUUUUAGCCGCGCAUGCGUUCUUCGCAUGUCACAGUUUCUUGAGGAGACAAAGGAAUUGGACAUGAAAGUAUGAGUGUAAUUGCAAUGCACUUUCUCUCGAUUUCGCAGCUAAACACUUUCGAAUUAAUGGAUUGAAUUUAUCUUUUAUGCUGUUUCUGGGCUAGUAAGCCUCUUUUAUUAUUUUUGGAUCACUGUCUGACUGGUUUGAUUAAUUAUGUUUCUAGUACAAUACUCCAGGGAACCCAGCAGACUACGUGCACAGGGUUGGUCGAACGGCAAGAAUCGGACUGAAAGGGAACGCCCUCCUUUUUUUAGACUCCCGCAGAGGUAAGUUUUACUUUUUAUUUUGAGCUGAUGAAAUUAUCAUGUGGAAGGAAGUGUGUGUAGAAUAAGUAACAUUAAACGAAGACACUCAGUUGAGUCAGUUCUUAACGUUUCUCCAUUAAAGCAUCCUUCACGAAAAGGCUUGGAGUAUGUUUUCCCCUUUCGCUCCCCCAUCUGAAGCUGCAAGUUUCUUAUAAUUUUUGUUAAAUCCGUUCGUCUCCGACCACGCGUUCUAUCUUGAUGUACACUCUUAUGUAAACGAAGGCAAUACAAUCUUAGUCAGCCAACAUUUCAUUCUAGGUCGAGUACUUGGACAUUUUGAAACAGCAUGGAAUCAGGUUUGUAUAAAGGGUAGCUACCAGCGAUUGUAAUGGUUUUGCUUUACUUCGCUCGGCGAUUGGUCCUGAAAACUCGAACCUCUCAACCAAUCAGGUGCUAUAAUAAAAGCAAUUGCGAUUUGGCUAGUCGGGUUCUCCCGCGCAGUUUGCUAGUUUUAAGUCUGUGUUCUCAUUGGCUUCUUGUGAUUUCAUCCUUCGCUGUGAUUGGCUUGUCUAAUUUGUCUGGUGUUGGCUUUAUUGCUCUUAAUCGAGAAGUGCUCUUUUUUUAUAACUAAGUAAUACUGUCUCCACACGAUAGAAUAGUGCAUAGAAGCUCCUUCCGUGCUGAAAAACGAGAAUGUUAAUGUAUGAGACUUGUUUGCCAUCUGGGUGAAUCAUUGCAACAUUCAAGCGAUACAGAAAAAUCGUGGUUAAUUUUUAAGCUUCCCCAACUCCGACGUAAAAGUUACAAAUACUUCAGCAGGAAAUAAUUCGUAAAGCAACAUUAGUAAAUUAAUACAUAAACAAGAAAUUUAAUUGAAAAAGUAAUAUACAGCUAAUUUGUUUUAUUUUUUGCGUACUUUGUAGUCCAGAGGAACUGCUCGUUAACGACGUCCUUAAAACGCUCGCAGUAUCCUCAGGAGACGCGAAGCUGAAGACAGCGAAGGUAAGUACUAUAAAACCACAGGACUCUUGUUGGUGUCUGUGACGUCAAAAUUUAGAUAAUUGCAAAACGCUAUUUUACUUUUAAAGCCGCAAACGGAACAUUGAGGGUGAUCAAAUAUUUUUUAAAUCUGGUCGUUCCAGGUUGAUAUUAUGAUUAACUACCGGAAUAAAUGUAUUACAAAAAACCAAACAAACAUCAACAACAAAAAAUCAAACAAGAUGAAGAAAAUUCAUUAAAAAAGAUGUAACCUUGGACUGAAAUUGCAUGUGCUACUGAAAUCAAAUUAUUCAUCAAGCUGUCCCAUAGAAGUUUAAUGUUGGUAUCCGUGUCUAUUCAAUGGAGUUUUUCGUCAUGAAAAGUCCAUUUUACAGUAAAUGUGAAGAGAAGGAGAAAUGUGGUACUUGGGCUGGUGUCUGCUAAUCAUCGGAUUCGCUGAUUUGAGGUUUCAAUGUAUUUUGUGAAUCUUCUGAGCCUUUUUCCCUUUUGGUAGCUUAACAGCAACCAAUGGAUUUUUUGAUUAUUAAUUUCCUUAUCUAUUCUUAAAUUAUUAUUUUUUUACUUCAGUAUGUUGAUCAAAAAACUCAGGAAUCAGCUACUGAAUUACAGAAUUCAUUCGAGGACUAUGUUCUUUCGAAUGAUCUCUGUUUGAAAGCUGCCAAGACAGGUAAUAUUUUGUGUUUCAUACUCGGAUCUUCCUCAAAUCUAACUAUGUCUUAUGUUACUGAAAUUGCACCAUGAAAGACAAAAAUUUCAAAUCGCAUCAUAUUACUGCUACCUCAAAUAUAUACUUCUUACACGAGUAUAAAGAGUUAGCACGCGGAGACGUUGCGGAAUGUGUGUAUGUUCGCCAUCCCAAGGGUUUCCUGUGUUCAUAUCGGGAAACCGCUAAUCCUGGACAUUUGCUUAAGUUAAUGUGAGCAUAUCGUUCCAAUGGUGUACGCAUCCGACCAUGCUUUUAGUUAUCGAGCCUGUUCAAGGUGUUCCGUUAGUUAGCGGGGCGCGAUGGAAGCUCAGAGCGAACAAAGAAGGAAGAUUUGGGACAGGUUGUGUGAGGAACCGCCUGAUAUUUCGCUGUGCGCUGUCCCCGCGCCCCGUGAACUCAUUGAGCGCCGAGAACAUUCAAUCGUGUGUCAAACUGAUCAUUAAGUAUUUCCUCUGCGUUGCAGCAUACCAGUCUUUUGUCAGAGCCUAUGCUACAUACCCCAGCAAUCUAAAACACAUUUUUCAUGUGAAGAAUCUUCACCUGGGACAUGUCGCGAAAAGUUUUGGCCUCAGAGAGGCACCAAAAGAAUUGUUUCAAUCCAAGAAGCAACCUAGAGCACAAAAGCGGAAAAGGUUUGAGAUCCUCUUUUUUGUUCGUUUCUUUCGUAGCCUUUCUGUAGGUUGUCACGCAACGCUUUGAGUUCCCCUCAUGCCUCAAAACGAAAGUGUGGGGUGGGGUAAGUUACAUCUCAGAUAAUGGCUGCGAGAGAUUCUAUUGUUUUUUAUUCCCAACUCGCAGUUUGAAUUCAGUGAAGAUAAGUGUAUAAAGUAAUCUGCUUCCUUCCAACUCUCCAGUAACUAAUACUGCCUUCAAACUACAACAUAUUUCCUUGAAUUUCUCUCAAGAUAGUUGGGUGUCCACAAAACAUCCUUAGGAAAAGAGCAGUUUUCUCUGUUCACAACACCUGUUUUCUUGAUACUGUUCUGUUUUGUCAGAAGAAGUUCUACACAGAAUAAGAUGGAGGGUAAUUAGAAAUAGAGAAACGUGUUUUUUUUGUUCCUUUCAAUUAACCCUCAAAUUCCUCUCGGUGAUUCACAGGUAACUUUUGAAGAAAGGCAAUCAAACAAAAGAAACGAACAAUCGCAUACGCAUGUGAUCAAUGACCUGGGUGGACGAACGAAUCAAUUGAGGGGUUUGCCUUGGUAUAUAUUAAGUAACUUGAUGGGAAAGGAAAGAUAGAUAUGAGAGAGAGUGGCUCGUGAAAGGGUUUGCAUUGCAAAUGACAGAUACGUGAAAUAGGGUUUUCAAUCUACUCAAAAUCCUACCAAACUAGUUCAUACAUUUGUUCAAUUGUCAGUUGUCUCCUGCGCUGAACUAUUCUGAACCUUUCUCCCGUAGGGGUGGGGAGAAGAAAUCGGUGAAGGCGAAGAAGAGGAUAACAGAGUAUUCAUCAGAUACGGAACUAAAUGGACCUUUAACAAAGAAACGAAACAAGACGAAGAACAAAUCGU